AUGAAGGGCCAGAACGCCAAUCGUGGCAACCCCCAAAAGAACGGCCAUCGCCGUUCCAACUCCCGCUACAACAACCAGAACGGCCACCUGGCCACUGACGACGGCACCGACCGUUUGUUGUACUUGGUGACCAAAUCAAUCGGCAAAAAGGUCACCGUGACCAUCACCAACGGGGCCCGUUACCAGGGUCUCCUCCUCAGCGCCGACUUGUCGUCGCAAGGAACCUCUCCUUUGUCGGUGGUGAUCAUGCAUCCCACUCAAGUUAGCAAGGGUUUGAUCUCCGAGAAAAGUAACAUUGAUGAAAACGAGGUCCCCGAGAAAUUGAUCAUUCAAUCUAAGGAUUUGAUUGAUUUGGAAGUCGCUGAAGUCGAUUUGAAUGAUAGCUCCAGGCAAACACCUCAACCUGAAGUAGUUCCUCCUCCUCAGCCAUCUCAACAAGCCCAACCUGCCUCCAAAAACCAACCUGAGUUCAAGACUGACUCAGACAUAUCUGGCCGUUUCCAACUUAAGGAGAGAGAGUUGCAAAGGUGGGUUCCAGAAGAUGACAACAACCCUGUCUUAAGUUUGGAUGACGAUGCAUUUGGUUCUAACAAUGGCCAAUGGGAUCAGUUUAAGGUGAAUGAAGAGAAGUUUGGUGUCGAAGCCUCUUAUGACGAGCAUUUGUACACUACUAGAAUCAACACCACUGCUUCUGAUUAUCAAGAGAGAUUGGCAAAGGCCGAAAGGUUGGCAAAAGAAAUCGAAGGUCAAACUACCAGUGACCGUCAUAUUUUAGAAGAGAGAGGAAUUCAGGUUGAUGACAGUGGUAUGGAUGAAGAAGACAAGUAUUCUGGCGUUGACAGAAGAGGUGACGAAUUGAUGGCUGCUUUGAGAAAUGCUAGUAUUUCUAGUGAUGCUUCAAGCUCUUUGCGUGCAAGUUCUCCUGGUAAAUAUGUUCCUCCAAGACAAAGAGCUGCACAAUACCACAAUGACCCUGCUAUCAUUUCAAGUUCUGCAGCUUCAAAGUCGAAAGCAACAGCAGCUUCCCCUGCACCUGCUACUGAAACAGAUGCUACAUCUUCUGUUCAAGAAAAGGAAGCUGGUACUUCAAAAGCUCAACUUGCAAAGCCAGACUCCAUUCCAGCGAAGCCCCAAGUGCCUCAGCAUAACGAGUCAUUUAGAUUAAAUGCUCAAAGUGAAAUUAAUUCUUUACGCGAAUUCAGUGCUAACUUCAAAAUUCCUCACAAAAUGCCCCAAGACUUAUUGCCAAUCCUUUCAAAGGACAAGUUGAAGCAAGAUGAAAUUUUGAAGAAGCAACAAGAAACUCAACGUCAAAAAUUAGCCAAGGAACAAGCAGCUUUGCAACCUCCAGUUCAAGCCAAUUCUCAACAAACUCCUGCCCAAAAGAAGAAGGCAGACACUGCUAAAGCUGCGUUUAAGUUGAACCCCAAAGCGGUUGCUUUCACACCAUCCAACAAGCAUGUUCCGUUAUCACCAAAUCCACCAAAGGCAAAUUUCCACAGGUCCCCAAACAACCCUUCACCAAGAAUUAGCAAUUCUAGGCCAUACUCAGGCUCAGGCUCCAGUGCGGGUAGCAACAGUUCGUCAAGAAGACACCACCAAAUUUCUCCUGCUGAGUUUUUUGGAGGAGCUGAUAGGAUACCAACCAAGGAAAGUCAAGAAAAGAAAGCUGCUGACUUCAAGUUUGCCUUCAGCUUGUUCAUAACCACCAAGAAGAACCAUCAAGCCAAAGGUGCCAAGACUCCAGUUGCUUACGAGAGAACUUUCAAGACUCCACCUACUUGGGACUCAAACUUCGAUGAUACCCACGACAAGUUGUUCCCCUCGGUAGAAUCAUUGAGCAAGGGUCCCGGAAUGAUAAUACCCUCUUCUCAAUUCAUCCCAAGCCCAUUGAUGGGCAAUCCUAAUGUGCCGGCAGGGUAUCCAGCACCAAAUGGAUCUAAGUUCCCAAUGUCACCACACCAGCAACAGGCAGUGGCUGCUGCUAUACAUUUCCAACAACAGCAGCAAUUCCAUGCUGCUAUGUUGUACCAGCAACAGUUCCCAGGAGGUGUUCCACCAGGGCAACCUCCUAUGCCCAUGUAUCCCGGAGGCGAACCACCAUUCAUGCCACCAGGAGGAUUCAUGCCACCACCGGGGGGCUUUGUUCCAGGUGGAAGUCCUGUCAAUGCCAAUCUCAUGAUGGGCCAAGGCAGCCCUUACUCUGGAGGAAACCACCACAACUACAACAACCACCAUAACGGAAAUGGGAGAAGGUACAACCAAAACUCUUCGAAGCGGGGUGGUCACAAUUGA